AUGCGAGCAGUCCUCCUGAUGCUGGCGGUUGGCGCCGCGUACACCGUGGGCGUGUCCGCCGCUGCGACCGAGAUCAGGGACGUCUCCUGGCUGUUCACGCUGCACCCAGACCCCUCGGGCCUGCCCCGUGGCUUCAGCACCCAUUCCCGCAGCGCUGAUGAAUCUGGCCUGGCCGCCAUGGUCAGCUCAGAGGGCGCCAUGUUUGGCAACGUCGAGGAGCCGAGCACUACCAGUGACGACGCGUGGCGGGCACAGCUUCGCAGCUCCACCGUGCCCGUCGUCGCUGGCCGUGCCUACAGCCUCGAGUUCAGCGCCCGCAGCGCUGCACCCAAUGGCACGGCGCGCGCGGUGAUGCGCGACAUGUCUGGAGGCAGGAACGUCCCGGGUGCGGCAGUGGCGCUGGACCUGCAGCCCGAGUGGCAGCGCUUCUCGCUGCGGCUGGCAAUGCCAGCAGUCGAUGGGAACUGGAGUGCCCAGGUCCACUGCGGGGCGCACCAGGGCUGGUAUGAGUUCAAGGGUAUGGUGCUGACCGAGGAGCCCCUGGACACGACCAUCGCGGCGCUCCAGCCUGCUGCCAUGGACGCCCGCACCGCCGCACAUCGGAAGGGCGAGUUCGAGGUGUCCGUCGUGGACGCAUUUGGGCGGCCAGUGGCGGCCACCGGCGUCAACAUGACGCUCGUGCGGCAUCACUUUGUGCUGGGGGCUGCUGUGGCACCAGAGAUGGUUCGCAAGAGGUUUGGAGACGAUGUGACCAGCAACUACACACGCCUGAUUGGCGAGAACUUCUGGUCCCUUGUACCGGAGAACGCCUUCAAAUGGUACAACUACGAGCCGCAGCAGGGCAACUACCAGGCGGGUGAGGCGCUGAUCAAGCGCGACUACAUUACUUUGGCACAGAACAACAGCAUGGAGCUGGUGCGAGGCCAUACCAUCGAGUGGGGUGACUCCUACAACCAGAUGAUGUCUGGCCGCAACAAGGGCCACUGGUCUGUCAGGAGCAGGGACUGCGACUUCUACGUCAAGGCCAUAGAGGGUCGCAUCCGCCGGGACUUGGCUCUGUUCAAGGGCUCAUUCACCCAAUACGACCUGUUCAAUGAACUGGUUGAGACCAACUCCAUGAUGAAGGCGUGCGGCCUCAUGAACACAUCGCUCCCGGCCAUGUACAAGCUGGCAGCCCAAAUCGACCCAAAAGCGCAACUGUGCCUGAACGAGUGGGCUGUGCUGGAGGGCAACAAUUGGCAGGGCUUUGUGGACAUUGCCAACAAUCUGCUGAGUGCAGGAGCACCCCUGCACUGCCUCGGCGUCCAGGCCCACUUGACGGCUGGGGGGGCCCAGCGCGAGGCCAUUUACCGUCGUCUCGACGAGAUGGGGGCCACCGGCCUGCCCCUCUACAUCACGGAAUUCUCCCUCUCAUCAAGGCAUGUGGGAGUAACAGUGUCCGCUGGACUCAGGUGGGAGCGAGGCACGCCGGUCAAUGAGAUGAGUGAGGAUGAGCAGGCUGAACGGCUGGAGGAGCUGGUCAAGACAUUCUUCUCACACCCCUCGGUGCACGGCCUGAUGCUGUGGGGUUUUUGGGAUGGCAACAUCUGGAUCAAGCAUGGCGGCAUCUUCCGCUCAGACUUCUCACCCAAACCAGCAGCCCUGCGCCUCAAAAAGUUUUUCUCGGAGACCCACAACACCACCAUCACCAACCUGGAGGCUGCGCCCCUGGAGGGGGCUGCCGCAUUCACGCCGACUGCCGGCGCGCCCGAGGCCAACGUCACUGCGCAGCCCCCAGCACUGGGCGCCCCAGCCCCGGCACAGAGCCCCUCUCUCCCUGUGGCGCAGUCGAACUCGCAGGAUGCAGUCCAUACAGGCAUCGGCCCGGCGCGAAAGAUGCUGGCCCAGCACCACGGGCGGCGGGUGCUCAAGAGCGCCAGCUCCCUGGGCCUCCUGCAGCUCCCUCUCCUUGCUGAUGUCAGCAUCCACACCUCAAUCGACCCUAUCCUGGGCACCCUCUUGGGCGUGCCGUCCGCAGUUGUGCAGGCUCCCCCCCUUUUGUCAGGGCAGGCGCUGCCCGUCUCGGUUGGUGUGCCGCAGGCGCUGGCUGAUGCUCCCCAAGUGCAACAGCAGCAGCAGCAGCAGCAGCCCCGUCCGCUGAAAUUCAAGGGUUAUUACGGGCGCUACCGAUACGAGAUGAUGGUGGGGGGCCGGCUGCUGAGUGGCGAGGUGGCGUUCACACCAGGCGACAGCCCCAAGCUGGAGCUGGUGGUGUAG